UUGUUGCUGGUAUUUUCAGAUUGCCUCAUGCCCAAAUUUAGUUAUCCUUCACAGUAGGGUUUAAAUCAGCACAAUGUUGUAAAAUAGUUUUUACUUGUACAACUGUCUUGUUGGGGUCAAGUAUGCCCUGUAACAAUGACUACAGGUUCCCUCGAUCAAGACACCCAGCCGGUCUCAUCGGGGUUACUGCAGCCCUCAAAAUGUGAAGUUUGAAAACGGGACUUGGUGUUUGAAACAAGUCCUCACUUUGACAGUGAAGUGAAUAUAGGAACACGGAAAAGUGAUGACGAUGCAUCUUGGUUAAAGUGACAACAGGAAUGGAGAGAGAUUCAUAUGGGACCCCUCAACACUGGUUAACAGUUAAACCAGUAAAUAGUUUUCCAUUUCCUAGAUUUUUUUUUUUUUUUUUUUUUUUUUGUUUAAUAUUUUGGAGCACUGAAGAUCCAAAUUGAUCGAGGAUAUGCAAAGACUCCUGAUUGGAGAUGCGUGUUUAGGGGACCACAAUGAAUUCGAGUAAAAAAAUAUAUUUUUAUUCAAAAGUGAUAACUCUCAAGAUAUACUCUAAGGUCUUAUGAGAGCGACUAUUGACUAUCACAAUUCCUUACAAAUCAUAGGACCAGUAAAACAUUCUCCACGUGACUCUUGAGUGUUUAGGGCGGGGCUUAACAUGCAGGAUUUCCUGUCCUGUCACUUGAAAAGCACCACGGGCUACAAGCUGCAGACUGAAGAAGCACCGUUUCCUGUGUUUAUUUGUGUUUACUCGCUAACCGUCCAGUUAUCCGUGCGUUCAACAGGUAAACACAGACACAAAUCAUCUCUUCACUCGGGGGUUUGUUGACACGGCGCGAGGGAACAGUGUGACGUUAUCGUGUCGAAAACGUUAAUUGGAACGUGACGUAUGCAAUGGGACGUGAGAUUGUUUGAGGUUUUCGGUGUUGAGCUCGCGUCGGCAACGGAGAUAAAGUGAAGGACACCUGAGUUUAUCUCGACCUCUUCAUGGCAAGCCAAGCCUGGCUGGAAUCCUCUCUGCGGCGCUCUGCCAGUCUGGGCCUUGAGGUGCUGGAGCGGGCCUCCAGGCGGAGUGUAGACUGGACGAGCACUGGAGCCUCCCAGACCCCCACUACUACAGAUGAAGACACACAAAUCCCUGUCAAGAGAGCCCACACAGAGCUUGACGAUGUCUUUGCAACCCUCGCAGGGCUCAUGGCACAGCAGACCCAUCAGUGCAAGGUCGGCCAUUAUUUACCUGCACCGCUACGCUUUCAGCUCGGCCCUGAGCGCUCAAAUGUGACUAGUUGUCUGUGUCUGCAGAGGUUUUAUGAGUCGGGCUGUUGCUCCGAGCCCACUGACACCGAGAGGAGCCAUGUGUCCAGGUUCCACUCACGGCCAGCUGUUGGGACGACGGCGCCUGCACCGUCGGCCAGAAAACAUGCAACUGUGCCACAAUACAAAGGUUGUGUGUCGGCGUCUGGUGAGGAUUUCUUCAUCGAGGUCUCACCGGGGUCGUACGCCGUCACUGCCAGCGUGCCGGAGUUACAGCAGCAGACUCAGCUGGUCAGCGUCAGAGCUGGAGAGAGCAUCAACCUCACCUUUGAUCUCUGACCCCUGACCUGACCGGUCACCCUUAACCCUCAAUACCAAAACUGACCAAAGCUAAUGCUGUUUGUGUGUGUUUAUUGCUUUCCUUUUUAGAGUUUAUAUUUAUUUUGCGAUCAAAAUGUUUUUAUUUGCUGCAUAUUGAGAAGCCACAUUUUAUUUUACAACAUCAUGAAGUCUUAACCUGCACUUAAACCGCAUCAGUGUGUAUAAAUAAAGUUGUAUUUUUUUAUCAAAUUCAUGUAUCUUUAACUUCUAACAAUAUUUCUACCGUGAGGUUUUAUUGGUGCACUGACACAUUAUGUGUAAACAGUAGCAGCAUUGUAGCCAGAGAAAGACCUCAGUCCUGCCGGGACACAGGAACCGGGUUCAAACUGAACCACAGCGGCAGUUUAAACAGCAGUUUCUGAGGGCAAGGUGAGGAUGGGAUGUGAAGGUGAAGAAUGCUCAUAAGUGGCUGUAUUUCUUAAGGAAACUUAGUAAAACAAAAUCCCUGUGCCAAGUUCUUGUUACUUUAUACAGAAGAGCAAUAGAAAGCAUCCUGACUGUUGACAUUAAAAACUGGCAUUGGAUGUGCACGGCUCAGGACUGGAAAGCUGUACAGCGGGUGAUUGAAAACCGUCAAGAACAUCAUCAGUACACAUCCAUCGCGCAUCAGUGAUAUUGGUGACAAGAGGCGCCUGCAAAGAGCCGUGAAUGAUAUUAAAAGACAAAACCCACCACAGCCUGAUAACUCUGCUGCCGUCUGGCAAGAGUUACAGAAGUAUCAGCUGCCGAGCAACCAGAGUUCAGAACAGCUUCUUUCCUCCGGCUGUGAGACUCCUUAAUCCAUCCUCCACCCUCUACAUAUAACGUGUUUUUGUGUUUUGUUAUGGAAAAUGGGAGUACACUCUGCAUUUCGUUGUACAAAGACAAUGAAAAUAUCCUUGUAUGUGACUUUGACCCAGAAAAUGCAGAUUUAAACCUAAUUGCAGAGCAACUUUCACAACCUUGAUGACCUUAUU